ACAUACCAAACCUCACAAACUCGUUUCAAACCCUCUUCGUAGUUUGCCUCCAAAAAAAAGACACUCAGCGCCCCUCCUCGCGGCAGCACGAUGCUCACCACAGCACACAGCCGGCAGCAUCAUGCCUUCGAGAAGAGCCCUAGCAGCCACAUGAAGAACCUCGACAGGAAGCUGCAGCAGGCCAUGAACAACGCGACCAGCAAGUACAUGCAGAGGAUCUACCCUCUGGGCAUCCAGAGGAGCAGCUCCAACCUCACAUUGUCGUCGCUCUCCCUGUCGCAGAACUCCAACGACUCCUCGCUCAGCAGCUCCAACUCCAGCUGGGAGCCUAAGGUGCCGCUGCUGUACGGCGGCACCUUCAGCCCCUGGGGCGAUGUGCUGGUGUCUCUGGAGAUGAGGAGAGAGGACGACGACAAGGCCAGUGACCAUGACGUCGAAGGGGGUGAGGACGACUUCGAUUGCAGCGAGCCGGGGAGCUUGCAUAGGUGUAGCUGGAUCACCAAGAACAGUGAUGAGGCGUACGUUCAGUUCCACGACGAGUGCUGGGGCGUCCCUGUGUACAGCGACAACCGCCUCUUCGAGCUUCUGUCGCUGUCCGGGAUGCUCAUAGACCACAACUGGACGGAAAUACUCAAGAGGCGAGACAUGUACAGGGAGGUGUUCGCCGACUUCGACCCCAGCAGGGUGGCGAAGAUGGACGAGGACGCCAUCGCCGAGAUCAGCGGCAACAAGGAGCUCAAGCUGGCCGAGUGCCGGGUCCGGUGCAUCGUCGAGAACGCCAAGUGCAUUCAGAAGGUGGCCAAGGAAUUCGGGUCGUUCAGCGGGUACAUGUGGGGGCACGUGAACCACCGACCGGUGGUGGGCAAGUACAGGCACCACAAGUACAUCCCGUUCCGUACGCCCAAGUCGGAGGCGGUGAGCAAGGACCUCGUCCGCCGGGGUUUCCGCCUCGUCGGCCCCGUCAUCGUCUACUCCUUCAUGCAGGCCGCCGGCAUGGCAAUCGACCACCUCGUCGACUGCUUCCGCUUCCCAGAGUGCGUCCGCCUCGCCGAGCGAUCCUGGGGCAUCACCAACAUCGCCGCGUAGUCGCCGGCGGCGUGCUUGCUCGCUCGCUCGGCGCUCCAAAAUUUUUUUACACCUUCUCCGGUGUGACUUUCUUGAAGUGUGUGCGAAAUGUAGAGUAGUAUAUAUGCUAAGUUAUGAUGUGAUAAUUUUAUUUUCUCUUUGCACAUGAAAAGUUCUCCAGUAGUAAGUAGUACUGAAAUAGGGGCUGCAACAGGCUUGUGUAAAAAUAAGUUUUUUCCCCCUAAGAGUUCUUUUUUUUACCAAAUGUAAAUUCAGGCUGUUCAGCUCAACGGGUCUUUCCUUGUAA